AUGAAAACUGUUCUAUUAUCCCUUAAAGUAAAAGAUACUGAGCCGUUCAUAUGGUCUAAAGUGUUGUCAUCUUAUCUAAAACGGAGUUAUGGUCCCCAAUGGACACAAUUUUAUAAUGCACCAAAAAAUAAAGAGCUAGAUAAUCUACGGAUUAAUGCAAAUUCAGAUCUGGCAGGUGAGGCUAUGUUGGAGCAGAAUCUUAAGUACUAUGCAUAUUUGGAACAGAUGUAUCUUCGGAUUCGUAAGCAACCUAGUCAUUUGAAGCUAGAAUUUACAUGGUAUGAUGUUGAGUAUGAGUAUAAUGGGACACAGAAAUAUACACAGCAGACGUUGGUAUUUGAGAAAUCUAGUAUUCUAUUUAAUAUUGGUGUUAUUUUUGCCCGACUUGCGAAGGAAAAGAUGUAUUCGGACGACAAGGAAAGUAUUCAGCUAUUGACGAAGGCGGCAUCCUGUUUCACGUAUAUGAGUGAAACAUUUUUAAAUUCUCCUUCAGUCGAUCUUCAGGCAGGUACUACGAAGUUUUUGGGCACUUUGCUACAUGCUGAAGCACAGGAAUUGUUUUUACUACGGCUAAUCAAUGGUGAAAAUCCAUCUAAGCGUGCAUCACUAAUCAGCAAAUUGGCGUAUACAUGCUCCCAACUAUAUGAGAGUUGCACUAAUUUCUAUGUAGACAUUUCUAAGGACGAUCCUUACGCAGUGCUUUACGGUGGUAUAGGCUGGGAUACGACUGUAGCAUUUAAGUUUUCACUUUACGAAGCGCUUGCAGCUUAUAAUUAUGCACUUGCUGCAGAGCAAACAGGUAAAAUUGGUGUCGCAUUGGCAUUUAUGAAGAAAGCGUCCGUCUCUAUUUGGAAUGCUUCGUAUUCUAAAAUGGCUGGCAAUGAAGAAAUAAACUUUGAAGGUAUUAAAUUUACAAUUGAAGACAAACUUAAAUCCCUUCAGAAAGAUAAUGACUACAUAUAUCAUGAGGUUGUACCUGCUGAUGUUAAUUUAGAUGUAAUUAAGCCUAUGGAUGCUAUCAAGCUAGUGCCUUUCCAUCAAAUAUUGAAACCAUAUAUGGAUGCCACUUCCGACGCCUCAAAUGAAAUCUUCAAGGGUAUAGUCCCAGUCGAAAUAUAUGAGAAGGAAAGCAUUUACUCUGAAAAGAAGUCGGACUUACUCAGGAAAGAAAUGGAGGACCUAGAGGCAGCAGAAUGGGAAUAUAGGUCAUUCAUAGAAUUCACAAAUUUACCAAAACUAAUUACAGAUUUAAAAAUGAGGUUGGCGAACCGCAGCUUGAGUGAAGAUCCACAGGUAACAAUGAUGAAACAGCAAAUACAAGAUUGGUCAACAACAGUCCGAAGUAGUAAACUAAGUGAUAUUUCGAAACAAAAUAAAAUAAUCUUGCAGAAACGAAAUGAUAUUAUAAAACUGUUGUCUCAAGCUUCCCCCGCUAAUAUGGAUGAUGUGGUAAAGAUAAAAUCAUCGCUGGUGCAGGCUUCGAAGGCAGAUGAAAAGCUGUUUUUGCCUGUAAAGUCAUGUAUCGAAGAAAUCAAAUUACUACAGAAUCCAUCUUUAUUAUGGAGUAAUUUUAAUAGUUUUGGGGUUCAAGAACAACCAAAUCUACUUGAUAUAGAUGAUUCCAAAAACGACCAAAUCAAAGAAAGACUUAAACAAAUCUCUGAGCAUUACGAAAACUUCAGUCUUUUAAGAGAGGAAAGGAGCAGAAGUCUGGAAGAACUAAAGGAGUGGAUGAAGCAAGAUGAUAUAACGAAGAUUUUAAUUCUUAACCAUGAUAAGAGCGACUCAGAGAUGGAAGAACUGUUCAAGAACGAAUUAGAGAAGUUUAACCCAUUUAUUAAUCGGAUUAAAGCUACUAUUUUCAAACAGAAGAAUAUCAUAAAUGACAUAAAGGUCGGAUUGGAUACAAUUUUUAAGCUAACUGAUAUACAGAAUAAGCCAUCGGGAGAGAGGAUAAAGGAAGAGCAAAGAAAUGAAUUCUAUGAAAGACUGCAGAAGGCAAUUGUAGCAUUUGCAGUAUUUCAGAGAGAUUUGCCAAAAGGUCUGUGUUUUUACGAUCAGCUAUAUGAAAUGUCGAGCAAAUUGGUACAGUCUGGUACCAAUGUAGCUGGUGAACAACAAUCUACUCAACCUGCUACCGAUUUUGUUACCUCUGUAGAAAACAAUAUGCACAAUUUGACUUUGUCAGAAAGUAAACAGUUGGACUUGGGACCAACACCUGCCAUUCCAGAGUUGCCAGGUGCACUUUUAAAUUCAGCUCCAUUGCCACCUCCAAAAAUCCCGGAGAGACCUCAAUUCAUGUCUAAUACAAAUCCUAAUCCUAAUAAUAUGAAUGACGACACAACUAACAAUGGGCUAGAGACUGAUGGUGCUCCUAAACCUAUUUUACCGGAAAAAUUGCCUCCACAUUUUACAGAUAAUCCGGAUAACCCUACUGCGUUUUAUAAUGCACCUUCUGUUUUCAGUGAAAAUAUGUAUUCGAAGUUCAGUAAAUAG